AUGUUUCGACAUCCUUUCCCCCAAGAAGCUGAAUUAGAGAAGAGUCUUGUUGUAGAGACAACAGUAAAGGACAAAGGCGAAGACAGGCAGCAAUUAUUUCUUCGUGAAGAUGAACAAGAAGAGGACUUCAAUUUGCUCCCAGGAUGUUCAUCCCAGCAAGCUUGUUUGCAAAGCGUUGACUCAGUCACGUAUGUCCUGAACUCUGAACUUCUGACACCGGAUCUGGACCGCAUGGCACCCUAUCUCUGGCUUGUCGCAACUCCAAGAAGUAGCCACAUUUCCUCCCUGCACCAGCAAAUUGUCAAGGGACGCACAAUAACCGUCACUGAGAAUCCCGAACUGCACUGUACGUGGAUCUACGAUCGCUUCUUCGUGAAGCCCAUUACACCGUGCAUACUCUCAUGGGCUUUUUGGCACCGUUUCCUGCUACCUCUCGGCAAUGAUCCUCUUUAUGAUGAACCUGGGUGUCGUAAUCUAAGACAUGCGGCAACAGGUCUGUUGAGAACAUACUUCUACCUUGUCAAGCAUCCCUCGGACUUCCGAAUCGCCAAAGAACAUCACCUGAUUCCAAGGACAGUGACUUAUACUCAAUGCCUACGAUUCUUCAGUCACUUUGCCGAUAUUACCGAUGAUGAGGUGUCGCCGCGAUAUUAUUACGGCGACUUACGACUAGGUCGAUUGAACUUCUGGGCAAAGCCUUUGCUGAGGCGCUUCUACUUCCAAAAAGUUCUGAUACAUUACGGAUACGGCACAUACUUCUCUCGAUUUUUCGGGCCGCUACUAUUCAUAUUUGCGUUUUUCACCGUAGUCCUUAGCGCUAUGCAAGUUGUGUUGACUGUUGAGACGAUCAAAGGUGAUGGCGACAGUCACAAUUGGAUGACGUUCGCGUGGGUGUGUCGCUGGUUUGGUAUUUACUCUAUCAUCACCGCCUUCGUCUUCUUUGCUGUACUCGUUUUCAUGCUUGUGUUCAUGACAUUAAGAGAGGCUCUAUUCGCCAUCAAAAAGUUGACAAGAAAGGGGAAGGCGAAGAAAUAG